GAUCGGAACCAGCAAGCUUGCAUGAGUGCUUGCUUAUUGGAGUCAUCCCGUUGAGUUGCAUUGGGGAAAUGUACCCACAGGACACAAUUCAUAAUUUCAUUCAAAAUAAUGUUGUCAUGGAGAAACCAAAGAGGUAUGUGUCCAGCUCAAGGCAAAAUAACGUAACGACAACAGUAAUUGAGCUGCAGCAUCCAGCAAACUACCUGACAAAGUUCUCACUUGAAUCAAAGUUGCCCGAUAUCAAAUCACAUGUCAGGAAUGUGUUUUGUACCAGCGCCUCAAAGAAGCCACUGGUGUCAGCGGGGUCUUUUCUGCUCCCCGCUGGCCUCCCGGCAAAAAGGAUGUUUACAGCAUCGACAAAGGUGCCCAAGCCGCCUCUUUGUAUUGUUGACACCAACAAGGGGCACAAGGAGUUUCAUAAUAAACUCUCCGGACUUGUGCCUGUGUACAUCAGGAAAAAGGAUUAUGGUGAGAUACCCGCAUAUCUACUGCGGCGCAAAGGAAAGCACCCAAAGUCUCUGGAGGAGAAAAGUAUGAUUGAGGUGACGAAACCAGAGGAGCCGGAAAUCGAAAACCUGACAGAGGAGGAGUGUCGUGAAAUCAUUGAGGACCUGAAGAAGAAACUCGGAAAGCUGAACACGUCCUACCAGCGCCUGCCAUUUGUCAUAGACACACCGAUGUUGAAGAACCGUAAGACGCGACUGGAGGGGGAGAUGCAACAGCUGGAGUCUGACAUUGAACUCCUUGAAACAUUGGUUUUUAACAAGUAGUGCAGGAGCCUGCCCCAUGUCUUCACCAAAAUGAGCAUGUGCAUGCUAGAUUUUUUUUUCUCUUUCUGUGCCUGUGUGGGUUUUCUUCGGGUACUACGGUUUCCUCCCACAUUCCAAAACCAUGGAAUGGCAGGUUACUGGAACACUAAAUUGUCCCUAGAUGUGAGUGUGAGCGUGGAUGGUUGUUUGUGGACCCUGCUUACUGCCGGACGACAGCAGGGAAAGGCUCAAGCAUGCCCCGCGACCCUCGUCAGGAUAAGCGGAUCAGAAAAUAGAUGUGCAAUAUUGGUAUUCCCAACGCAGGGGUUGCAUCCACUUUGGGUCAAGUUGUUGAUUUUGGUGGUAUAAAAAGUAUUUUGAUAUAAAAGUGAAAUGACGUUGA